AGCUUCUUUCUCAUUUUACAUUCAGUCGGAGACAUUAAUUGGCUAAGUGCAGAUCGUCGUCGAUCACAACGCCGAACAGGAACGAAGGGAGCAUACACUCAUUAGCAGAACGGUGGCAAAGAGAAAGUGAACAAACGAGAGUGACUGACUGAUUGUGUGUAGCAACUGAACAAAAACAUAUUUUAGUGAAUUAUUUGUGCCAAAACAAUACUCACAUUUUCGACGAUCUUUCUACGGGUGAUCUCGGAAAGACUCUUGUUGUAGGAAAUGAAAGUUUUAUUAAUUUGUGCGUUAGCCUGUGUGGCGUUGAGUGGAGUUUUCGGUGCCUCGAUUAUCCGAGUGGCGCGCGAAGAUGUGCUGCCAGUAGCGGAAGAGAUCAUCAAGGAGGAAAUCGUGAACGAGCUGCGCAAGGAUGAAAUCCCAGUUGCCGUCGAGGAAGAACCAGCCCAAGUCGUCCUGGAGGAAACCAUCGUGCCAGUCGAAAAUCAACGUACCGUUGAGGUCGUUGAGAUCGCUGAGCCGGUCGGUGUCGUCAAUGAAGAUGCAGUCGUCGCCGAAGAAAAGGAAUCCGUUGAGGUUCUACGUAGUGCUUCCCCGGUGAUAGCCGUCGAAGAGCCCGUUGCAGUCGUCAAGGAUGCCGAAGUCGUUAUCGAGCCUGUAGUGGAAGAAAAGAUUGUUGCUGCAGUUGAUUCGCUGCGUAAGGUCGAACCAGUCAUCGAAGUUGUCGAGAAGGUCGUCGUUGAAGAUAUCAAGGAUGAGCAGGUCAACAGCAAUCCUGAGGAAUCUCUGCGUAGCGCUCUGCCAGUGGCUGAAGAAGAGGUGCCAGCUGUUGCUGUCGUUAAGGAUGAACCUGUCGUCGAGAUUAAGGAGGAAACCGUCGUUCCAGCCGUGAGGACCGUUGCCGAAGUGAUCAUGGAUAAGGCUGAGGAAAAGGUUGUUGAAGAAGCUGUUGCCGUCAAGGAAGCUGAAGUUGCUCCAGUCGUAUCGCUGAAGAUCGUUGAGCCUGUUAUUGCUGUUGAGGAACCAGUUGCUGUCGUUGCUGACGAAUCUAAGGAGGAAGUAGUCAAAGACACGAUUGUUGAUGCACAGGAAAUCAAGGCUUUCGAAGAAAUGGUCGCUGAAGUUGAAUCUGAAGUUGCUGCCGCUGCUAUUGCUGAUAGUAUUGAUGAGUCUGAUGAUGUUGAAGAAAAUGUAACUGAAGAAAAGGAAGUGGCCCCAGUUGAAUCCCUGCGCUCUGCUGCUCCAGUUGUUGGCGUUGAAGAACCCAUUGCCAUUGUCGAAGAGAAGAAGGUACUCAUUGCUGAGCCAGUUGUAGAGGUUGUUGCCGAGGUUGCUGCCAAUGAUGCCGCUGCUCCAGCUGUUGCUGCUGAUGUUGCUGAAGAGAAGGUUCCAGCUGUUGAAGUUGCCGUUGAAGAGAAGGUCGUUGCUCCAGUCGAUUCCCUGCGAUCCGUAAUCCCAGUUGUAGGAGUUGAAGAACCAGAGGUUGUUGCUACUGCAGUUGCCGAGAAUGAGGUAGUGCCAGUAGUCAAAGCUGUUACUGAAGAAAAGGUUGAAGAAGUUAAAGUAGAAGCUGAGAAGCCAGUUGAAGAACAGGUCAUCGCUCUCAAGACCGUUCCAGUUGCUGAAGAAGUUGCUCCAUUGAAGGAAGUUGAACAGGAACCAUCUGAUGUUCUCCGUGCUCUUGAUGUCAAGCAAGAUGCUACCACUGCUCGCCCCAACUUGAUUCAGCAGAUCAUUCAGCCAGUCAAUAACCUCAUCCAAAAUAGCCCAAUCGGAUCGAUUUUAAACCGUGGUUCAACGACCACUGCUGCCCCAGCUGACGCUCCUGCUGCGGCUGAUGCGGCUGAGAUUGUUCAGGAUGCAGCCACUACCAGCACUGCUGCACCCAAUUUCAUCCAACAGAUCGGUCAAAACUUCCAAAACUUCUUGAAUCCAAACUCGCAAAAUUCCCAGACCGGUGAAGCCACCACAGCUCAGCCAAACUUUAUCCAGCAGGUCCAGAAUGCCGUCGGAUCAGUCCUGAAUCGGCCAUCCAGCAAUUCCGAACAGCCUGGCCAGCAGCAGCCAAACCCAAUCCAGAGCAUAGUCCAAAACGUGCAGAACUUCUUCCGACCAACAUCUGCCCCAUCGAGCUCCGAGAAUUCAGCUCCUGCUGCCGCCGCUGCUGCCUCCCCUGUUGCCGAACAACCAGCUGCUGCUCCUGCAUCCGCUGAUACUCUCACAGCCGCCGAACCAGCCCCAGAAAACCCCGAACCAGCCCAGAACACGGAAAACGAAACCGCCUAGAUAAAUAAACUUUUAAGUUUACGCUAAUUAGGGUCCUGUACUUGUUCUAAGCCAUACGACUCACACAAACACCCAGAGAGAUAGAGAGAUAGAAAGCUUGACAUUCCUUUCUUAUUUUAAGGAAUCUUACGUUUUUAAUGGAAACUCAUCAAGUCAGAUCAUUUCGUUUGUAGUGACAAAAAAUUCUUCGCGAUAAAGCUCCUUUCCUCUCCCGUCGGUACCAUCAAUCUAGGGCUUGCUCGCCAAGUUCCUCCCAUUAUGUAAACAUAAAUGGUUGGAAAGUUUGCGAGUGAGAGCAUUUCGAGUGGGUGAAGGUAUGGAGGAAUGGAUUGCUUUCAUCAAUUAAUUUAUUUAUUAUUUUUUUAAUCGAACGAAACGAAAUAUUUAUUUAAUUGUGAUUCUCAUAUUAAAAACAAACAGAAAAAAAGGAACAGAUCAAACGCAAGUGCCGUCCUAUCUUAAAAAGACAAAAAACCGAACUCAAAGGUAAAAAAUGUAAAAUGUUUGUAAAAAGCUGAAAAAAAAUAAUAAAACGAGUAAUAAAACAAA